CGGGCGUUGCUAGAAGCAACAGGAUCCAAGAGAGAAAUCACGUUUAGUGAAUUUAGUGCCACACGAAAGCUCGCUCAUACUACAUGUGAAGCUCGUACCAUCAAAGGUUGUUAAAAAUGGAGUACGGCCCUAUCCCGAGCUCAAAAUUCACUGACGUGAUCCACCACCUGCGUCACAACUUCCCCGAUGAGCCUUUGAAUGCUUCUGUGGGGCUGUGCGUCCACGGGAAGCCUUGCGAGCUUCUGGAACAUCACGAUUUGCAGACUCUGGAAGACGGUCUUUCGAUAAUGGCUGUGGAGUCGGCGACGGGGGAAAUAGCUGGGGUCGCACUGAACGGAAUCGCUAGACGAGGCGACGUCGAAAAGGCACUGGAGGAAAUGAAGAGCAUCGAUAAUAUUAAAUAUCAACGAAUUUUCGGCCUAUUGAAUAAUGUUAACAAGAGUAUAGAUUUGUUUAGCAAAUAUAACGUUGAUAAGAUAUUCGAAUUGAGGAUUCUUUCGGUCGACUCGAGAUUUAGAGGGAGAGGAAUCGCCAAGGAACUCUUCCUCAGGAGUGAAUUAAUUGCAGAAGAACACGGAUUUAAAUUAGUCAAAGUCGAUGCCACGAGCCUUUUUACGCAACGUGUGGCCGAAUGUUUGGGUUUUAUUACAGAAAAAUGUGUGACUUAUGGCGAUUUCAAGGAUGAAAACGGCCGGAAAAUCUAUGACACGAAAUCACCUCACGACUAUUACAAAGUGAUGACAAAAGUGGUCUCUCCGAAAUCUAACGAUGGCUGAAUCGAACACACGACCAACUUUUUCUUUUUCUUUUUCCAUUUUUUGGAAAAUGUUAAUGCUGCCACUGCCAUGCAGAAUUAAACAUUUUUUUACGAGAAUAGUGCUGGUUCACUAUCAGUGUUAAAUGUACCAAGAGUAGGGCAAUCAUUGUACCAACGGGCUAUUUUUAACACCGAAAACAGUUAAAUAAAAUGCUA